GCAAAACAUUGGACAGCAGAAAGAAAAGAGGUAUCGUACUCAGAAGCCCACUGCGAGUGUUGGUUAACGUAAAGAAUAAAAUAAAAUAGGGCAUCACUGCUUGUUUUUACGUGCUUUCCACUACAAAUUUAGAUGGUUUGAGAUCCAAGUUGUCGUCUGAAAUCUCGUACGACACUGCCACUGUUCGAUAGAUGCUGGUCCUCCUUUCCAUUUUAAACGAAGUGGUCAUUGUGUCGAAAGCCUAAACGUGACUGUUUAUCCGAAUCGCUAGACGAAAAGAGAUUCAAAAAUUUCAAAAUCCUGGGUGAGAGAAAAUGAGCGAAAUCGGAAUCGGUGUCAAAGCGAUUAAUCUGUCGUCGACGACGCCGUCGCGCCAGAAGAAGGGAGUGACAACCGAGAAACCUCCCCAGAAUGCUCCGUCGUCUUCUUCCGCGGAGGACGAGGAAGGAAGUCCAAUCAGGCACAUUGUAUGUGUCAAAAACAAGGUCGAUGUCAAACACUUUGAGGACGUCGAGGACUGCUUCAUCUUGGAUUUCGACCCCUUUGAGCCGGUGCAGUUCAAGUUGUCCGUUUCGGAUAAUGGUGUUGAUGGUCACGCUGGUUCUCCCGAUAUCGCUGUUGUUGCUGAGAAAGGACAGGUUGCUUGUAGAGACUAUCCACAUUCAAGACACCUCUGCCUGAAAUUUCCUUUCGAGACGACACCCCAUGAGAGCUACUGUGAGCUGUGCUACUGCUAUGUUUGCGAUUCUGCUGCUCCAUGCAUGUUGUGGAAACUAUCACAUUGCCACGCCGCUGCGCACAUUGGUGACUGGAAGUGCAAAAGGAUGUUGAUGAAGCAGCAAGCCGCGGUGAAGAAAUGAACAAAGCUCCCGUUGUUUAGCCGUAUUGCGGAUAACGAUGUAUGAGAAAUACCAGAAAAGUGAACUAUUGUUUUACUAGUAGGCGGUCAAGUUCAUGUAAUUUUGUUCAUAGGGAGGGUACUUGAAAUGGCUUUUGUUCUGACUCGAAGAGAUGUAUUUACUAAUGAACUUACGAUGUUGGUAGAAAUGGAAUCAAAUUUGAUUAGUUCAA